UCUGUAGACCGAUAGAGAGAGUGAGCAAGCUAGAGACGCUAAUAUUUUCUCAGAUCUCCUUUCUUUAAAUUAUUUUAGACCUCAAAUCUAUGUAUUAAAUUAUCCAAAAAAAAAUCCCUAUUUUUUAUUUUUUUCAGCUCUAAAAUCUCAGAAAAAAACCUAGAGAGAGAAAGACAAGGGCGAGAGAGAGAGAGAGAAGCAAGGGCGGUUCCUUAAAGCGGCAGCAAAAUCUAAGCUCUGUUGUUCCUGCAGAAUUUCGCUCCCCAAUUUACCCCUAGCUUACAUGAGAGCUACUUUUUUGAGCUCUCUCUCUCGCUCAUUCUAGGGUUUCGUUCUCUUGGAUUCUUUGAUUUGAUCGGAUCUGGAGGAGCAUGGCGCUGUUUAGGAAGUUCUUUUACCGAAAACCCCCUGAUGGCCUUCUAGAAAUUUCCGAGAGAGUCUACGUGUUUGAUUACUGCUUCACAACGGAUGUUUUGGGAGACGAUGAGUACAAGGUGUACAUUGGAGGUAUUGUUACUCAACUUCGUGAUCAUUUCCCUGAAGCCUCCUUUAUGGUCUUCAACUUUCGGGAGGGUGAGCAUCAAAGCCAAAUAGCUGACAUCUUAUCAGAAUAUGAUAUGACUGUGAUGGAUUACCCUCGGCAUUAUGAAGGGUGUCCUUUACUGACAAUGGAGAUGAUCCACCAUUUCCUGAAGUCGAGCGAGAGCUGGCUUUCAUUGGAUCAGCAGAAUGUCUUGUUAAUGCACUGUGAGAGAGGUGGAUGGCCUGUUCUUUCUUUUAUGUUGGCAGGGCUUUUGAUCUAUCGGAAACAAUACACUGGUGAACAAAAAACAUUGGACAUGAUCUACAAGCAAGCUCCGUGUGAGCUGUUACAAUUGCUGUCUCCCUUGAAUCCAUUGCCUUCUCAGCUGCGAUACUUGCAGUACAUUUCAAGGAGGAAUGUUGGCUCCAAGUGGCCUCCUCUCGAUAGGGCACUUACUUUGGAUUGCAUCAUUCUUAGGAUUCUUCCCAACUUUGAUGGAGAUGGAGGUUGCAGGCCGAUAUUUCGUAUUUAUGGGCAGGAUCCUCUUCUGGUUUGUGACCGGACUCCUAAAGUACUAUUCUCAAUACCCAAGAAGAGCAAAAGUGUCCGGCUUUACAAACAGGCAGACUGUGAACUAGUUAAAAUUGAUAUUCAUUGUCACAUACAAGGAGAUGUUGUACUUGAGUGCAUUACCUUGGAUGAGGAUCUGGAACGUGAGCAGAUGAUGUUCAGAGUUAUGUUCAAUACAGCCUUUAUCAGGUCUAACAUUCUGAUGCUCAAUCGGGAUGAGAUUGACAUCCUGUGGGAUGCAAAAGAUCGGUUUCCAAAGGAUUUCAGAGCCGAGGUUCUUUUUUCAGAAAUGGAUGCAGCUGCUUCAGUUGUUACUGUGGGUUUGGCUAAUGGUGAUGAGAAAGAGGGUCUUCCUGUGGAAACAUUUGCCCGGGUUCGGGAGAUCUUUAGCUCAAUAGAUUGGGUAGAUGGGAAAGGGGAUACUGCACUUCAUGUUCUUCAGAAGUUAAAUUCUUCAAAUGUUUUUCAAGAGAAGCUCAACUCAGUUUCUCCGAAGAAAGUUGAAAAUGAGCUGUUGCCGAAGCUUAGUCCUGAGAUGCUUAAAGAGAAAGUGAAACUAGAUGAGGUCAUUGAUAGAAUCACAUCAUUAUCUCCUUUUGAUUCGAAGCAGCAACCUAUUCCAUUUCAGAAACAAUCUCUUGAUUCAGAAACAGAAAACCAAGAUAUUAAGCACCAAGACUUGCAACUUUCGCUGCAACAUCCUUCUCUACCUACAACUGUAUCCCAACGUGUGCCAAAAUCUUGGUCGAAUUCAGUUCCAUCCAUCAAUUCUCUGCAGAGCUCUCUUGUACAUGCUUCAAGGUAUCACAGUGCACCUUCAGCUCUAGGAAUUACAGCUCUCCUACAAGAUCACACGUCGAUUGAAGUUGCUCAUUCAGUGACAAUGUCUACAUCUUCUCCGACACUUGCAGAUGUAGCUAGUUAUGGCUUAUCUGAAGAUGUCUGUACCAAGAUUUCUUUACCAUCUGCAGCACUUGCUGAACCUAAAAUUUUGUCUCCGCCACUGCGGCCAUCGCUCACUCAAGUAUCUUCUGCCAUAAGCUCUACCAUGAAAGCUCCAAUAACUCCACCAUCUUUGCUGUCUCCUACAAGCCCUGUCCAAUCACCAGAAGAACCACCAAACCCUGAACUUCCACCUUCAAAGCUUACUAAACCUUCUGCCCGUGCUCCCCCUCCACCACCUCCACGACCACCACCUCCACCUUCCUCUUAUAAUCACGGGACAUUAUCGAUUGCCGCCUCCCCGGAAAUUCACAUCAAUUCUCGGGUUCCACCUAGUCACUUCCUUCCUUCAGGAGGCAAGUCAAUUCCCCCUACCCCUCCACCUCCAGUUUCAUCGACUCCCCCUCCCCCUCCUCCACCUCCUUUUAUUUUUUCAUCAACUCCUGUUCCUCCUCCACCACCUAUCAAGAGGUCUUGUGCUCCUUCACCUCCACCUCCACCACUUUCAGGGCCUACGUCUUCAGGAACAUCUCCACCCCCGCCACCUCAACUUUCAUCAAAGCAUUCUGGUGGUUCUAUUGCCCAGAAACUGCCUAAUGGUCAAGCAGUUCCGCCUCCUCCUUUGGGUCAUUCUUUGCUUAAGGGAUCUAGUGCUGAUUCAUCUCAACCUUCAUCUUUGGGGAGCAGGGGAGCGCCACCUCCACCUAAUGGGAUGAAUGGUCCAAUCGGUGCUUCAUUGGGUGCGAAAGGACGGAUCAGUCGCACAAGCUCCAGACAGUCUGCCCAAUCAUCCUCCAAAAAAGCUUCUUUGAAGCCGCUACAUUGGGUUAAAGUAACAAGAGCUAUGCAGGGAAGUCUAUGGGCUGAGACGCAAAAACCUGAGGAAGCCUCGAAGGCUCCAGAGUUUGACAUGUCUGAACUUGAGAGUCUUUUCUCAGCUGCAGUGCCAAAGUCUGAUCUUCAAGGCUCAUCUGAUAAGUCAAGGCGUCUAUCACUGGGGCAGAAACCAAACAAAGUUCAUCUGAUUGAUCUUAGAAGGGCUAAUAAUUGUGAAAUCAUGCUUACCAAGGUGAAGAUGCCAUUGACUGAUUUGAUGAGUUCAGUCCUUGCUCUGGAUGAUUCUGUUUUAGACGGCGAUCAGGUAGAUAACCUCAUAAAGUUUUGCCCAACAAAGGAGGAAAUGGAGUUGCUCAAGGGUUUUGGUGGAGAUAAAGAAAGCUUGGGGAAAUGUGAACAGUACUUUUUAGAGCUGAUGAAUGUUCCGAGGGUAGAAUCAAAGCUGAGAGUCUUCUCGUUUAAGAUCCAAUUUCACACCCAGGUUGCUGACUUGAGUAGUAAUCUUAAUGUUGUCAACUCUUCUGCUGGUGAGAUCAGGGGCUCUGUCAAAUUGAAAAGGAUCAUGCAAACAAUUCUGUCUCUGGGAAAUGCUUUGAAUCAGGGAACAGCCAGGGGUUCUGCCAUCGGAUUUAGGUUGGAUAGCCUCUUGAAGCUCACAGACACGCGUGCACGAAAUAAUAGGAUGACCCUCAUGCAUUAUCUGUGCAAGGUUCUUGCUGAUAAGCUUCCAGAGCUGCUAGACUUUCCCAAGGAUCUUGUGAACCUGGAAGCUGCUUCAAAGAUAAUGUUAAAGACUUUGGCAGAGGAAAUGCAAGCAAUAAGUAAAGGUCUAGAGAAAGUUGAACAGGAAUUGGCGGCUUCUGAAAACGAUGGUCCUAUAUCAGAAACUUUUCGAAAGACUUUGAAGGAGUUUCUGGUUGGUGCUGAAGCUGAAGUGAGAGCCUUAACUUCAUUCUAUUCCAAUGUGGGGAGGAAUGCAGAUGCAUUAGCCCUUUAUUUUGGAGAAGAUCCAGCUCGCUGUCCAUUUGAGCAAGUGAUUUCUACGCUUCUCAACUUUGUAAAAAUGUUUAUACGAGCCCAUGAGGAGAACUGCAAACAGCUAGAGCUGGAGAAGAAAAAAGCUCGGAAAGAGGCAGAAAAUGAGAAGAUGAAGCUUAGUGCUCAGAAAAGGGAACAGGAGAGCCUACCAUAUUCUCCGAGCAAAACUGCGAGGACUAGAUAAUGAAUAUUCUGACACUAGCUCCUCAUCCAACUAACCGGGGCCACACUUGAGCUGAUGGGAAUAAGCCCGAGAAGGAGAGGCUACUCUGCUCAUUUGGAAGAGCCCCUGCAACAGAGAUGCACCAUGUGGGGGAGUAGCCAAUGGUAGAGAACCUGUAUUAUACUCACUAAGCAGAAACCUUUGGCAUUGUAAAUUGUAAAUAGAAUCAGUUACAUUCCGGUACCAUGAGGUAUGGUGUUAUUACACGGGUGGCACUGAAGUUUGCGUCUCUAUACAUAUAACCUUGACAUUACUAAUUGUAACGACAUGGGUGACCUUGGAGCCCAGACAAAAAAUAACUCUCAGGGUUACCUGUAUAGUUAACAAUCGCUAGACUUAGGUUUAUCCAUGUAAAUACACAAACUCAGGGCAACCCAUGUAAUUACAUCAUCCGUCUGGAUACCCGGGUUGUAAUUAUGGCAAAAUAGUGUAGCUCUUUGUUUUGUGUUUUUCCUUCUUUUUUAUCCCCAACCUUUUUUCUGUUGUAAUUUGUAAAUCAUUAUUAUUUCGUUGCGGACUUGUAAUAUGGUGGUAAUGCCAGGGGUUGUUCCCCCUCUUCCCUUGAGUCA